UCCUACCUGAGUCAGGAUGAGGGAGUGGUGGGUCCAGGUGGGGCUGCUGGCGGUGCCCCUGCUGGCAGCCUACCUGCACAUCCCACCCCCGCAGCUCUCCCCUGCGCUUCACUCAUGGAAGUCAUCCGGCAAAUUCUUCACCUAUAAGGGGCUGCACAUCUUGUACCAAGACUCUGUGGGCGUGGGAAGUCCCGAGAUAGUGGUGCUUUUACAUGGCUUUCCAACGUCCAGCUACGAUUGGUACAAGAUUUGGGAGGGUCUGACCCUGAGAUUUCAUCGCGUGAUUGCCCUCGAUUUCCUAGGCUUUGGCUUCAGUGGCAAACCGAGUCCACACCACUUCAUAUUCGAGCAGGCCAGCAUCGUGGAGGCGCUUCUGCGGCACCUGGGGCUCCAGAACCGCAGGAUCAACCUUCUGUCUCACGAUUAUGGGGAUAUUGUUGCCCAGGAGCUGCUCUAUAGGUUCAAGCAGAAUCGAUCUGGCCGGCUCACCAUCAAGAGUCUCUGUCUGUCCAGUGGAGGUAUUUUUCCUGAGACUCACCGGCCUCUCCUCCUUCAAAAGCUGCUGAAAGACGGAGGCGUGCUCUCGCCCAUCCCCACACGGCUGAUGAACUUCUCUGUCUUCUCUCGAGGGCUCACCCCCGUCUUCGGGCCGUACACGCGCCCCUCGGAGAGCGAGCUGUGGGACCUGUGGGCAGGGAUCCGCAGCAACGACGGGAACCUGGUCAUCGACAGUCUCUUGCAGUACAUCAAUCAGAGGAAGAAGUUUAGACGACGCUGGAUUGGAGCCUCCGUAAACAUUCCCAUUCAUUUUAUCUAUGGGCCAAUGGAUCCUGUGAACCCCUUUCCAGAAUUUUUGGAGCUGUACAGGAAAACGCUGCCGCGGUCCACAGUGUCGAUUCUGGAUGACCACAUUAGCCACUAUCCACAGCUAGAGGACCCCAUGGGCUUCUUGAAUGCAUACAUGGGCUUCAUCAACUCCUUCUGAGCCGGAGAGCGUAGCCUCCCCGCAUUACCUCCCCCAAGCCCCCAUCUGACGUGGGCUCCACUUAGGAAGAAAGGCCAGGAAGAGGUCCUGGCCGCCACACACUGCUCUCACCUCACUUGGUGGACAGCUUAGAGUAAAAUGCCAGCAGAAGCCCUGACUGCGGCUGACCACGCUGUCCACCUCCCAUUCCUCUGACACCUGAUCACGUGUGCAGACCUGCCUUGGUCACUGUGCUAUUAGGAAAUUCUGACGGGCACAGCU